AUGUCCGGAGCCUGUACAUGCAGUGUGGGCUGUAUCCAACCACUGCCAAACAAACAGAGCCAAAUAAGAAAGCAUUGCUGGCUUCGCCCCCGCCGCCCACACGUUGUUUCUCUGUUUUUCUGUUUUUCCUGGCUCCCAUAUUCGAUAUUCGCCAUUCGCAGGCUGCAGCGACACUCAGGGGCCACACCCCCAGCACAGCACCAGCCCAUGGACCCGCACCCUGCCCCCGACAGCCAGCGACACACCUUCACCUCCGCAUACUCUGCGGAUGCCAGGCGCGAGUCGGACAUGGACCCCACCCAGCGCCCGGAACAGCACAGCCCGCCCGGCCCACCCGCCGGCAGCUUCAGCUCGUUUGCCGGCUUCGGCGCCUACACCCCCGGCAGCCCGACGAUGAUCGUCCCGGACGAGGCCGACCAGCUCUCCAGCGAAAGCCUCUCCAGUGGCGAGCGCACCAAGACCGAAAACUCCCAGCACCGCAAUCCUCACCCGCCCGGGUCGGUGCCCGCUGACAGCUUCUCGCCCGCGUACGGCCGCUAUCGACAGGGCUCGUACGCCACCGACGGGCUCGAGUCCGGCUGUGCUUCGACGAUCGGCACCGACAGCUUCAACGCCGGGCCGUUCAACUCCUCGGGCACGGCGCUCAACCACGACUGGCGGAACAGCGAUCUGGGCAGCCAGGACGGCACGACCUGCGGCGACGAGAAGUACGCCCCGGGCUCGUACCCCUCCAAGCACAUCUCCGACGACCUCAAGGGCGCCGCAAGCCCCACCUAUCUGCCCAUCCCCCCCUCCAGCCCGGCCAUCGAAGAGAAGCGCGCCCCGCCGCCCCCGGCCGAAGGGAUCAUCAGCCCCCCGCCCGUCGUCGUCAGUCGGCAGAACCGUCUCGAAUGGAUCGAUGGCAUCCGAGGGCUGGCCUCCCUGGUCAUCUUCACCCAUCACUUCAGCGAUCUCACUUGGGCCCAAGCCCAUCCCGAGGUGCUCCCUCUUGGCAGCAUCUACGGGCUGCUCCGGAACGGCCAGCUGGCGGUCGGGAUGUACUUCUUGCUCGGCGGCCGAGUGCUCGCCCACUCCUUCCUGCGCUCCGCCUUCACCCGGCCCCUGGCCCCCAAGGACUCGCACGGUGUCCCGAUCCCUGGUGGCAAGGCCGCUAGAUGGACCGGCCCCCGCUGGCUGUCCCUCUCGUCUUCCCUGUUCCGGCGAUCCAUCCGGCUGGCCUUCCCGGCGAUCAUCGUCGCACUCAUCCAGUGGCGGAUCGCCUCCCAGGGCAUGCUCGGCGACCGGCCGAUCAGGGCUGCCCAGAUCCUCACGCCCACCGCGCUCUGGGAACCCACCUGGAACCAGAUCGGGAACGCCGGAGGCCUGCUCCAGUUCUGUCUCGACCUGUUCACGAACCGGGGCCACCAGUACAUGCUCAGCGUCGGAUCGGCCCUAUGGACCACCUACGACCAGUUCUGGGGCUCCGUGCUCGUUUACAUCCUGGCCGCCUCGGUCGCUCAAGUCGGAUGGGUCGGUCGAUACCUGAUCUACUUGGCCGUCUGCAGCUCGCUUUGGUUCAUCAACAGCCCCAACAUGCUCUACGUCCUCGGUCUCUGGCUCGCCGAUCUCCAUGCUGCCGGCUUCAUCCGCAAACUUCAGGACCAUUGGAAACCCACCAUGCUCGUCGAGAUCUCCGUGAUGAUCCUAGCUCUAGCCAUGAUCUCGGGCGGCACCAAAGUCGCCUCGCCUGCCGACAACCUGAUGGGUGACAUCACCGUUUACGACGGCAAGUUCGGCUGGGAUCAGAGCGUCACCUGGCCCCAGUACAUGUUUAUCUCCAACUGGCUCCCUCCGCUCUGCAUUCUCAUCUGGGUCGAGGUUUCGCACGCGAUGCAGUGGCUGGCCAGUUGGCAGAUAUUCACUUGGCUCGGCAAAGUCUCGUACGGAUUCUAUUUGAUGCAAUUCAUCACUCUCUACAGCGUCAUGCCGCCAGUGAUCAUCUACCUUAACGACCACGGCAAAAGCUAUUGGGACAUGGUCAUGCCAGCCUAUCUGAUCUGCUUACUCUUCAACAUCUUGCUGGCUUGGGUCGGUUACCAUCUCCUGGAUCGAGUCGGUCUCAACUUGGCCAAGUGGAUCUGGGAUGGGUUCUUCGUGAGCAAGCCGACCAACGCCGCCAGUCUCCCGCUCAAGUCCCUGCGCGCCUUCGGCAACAUGCUCAUCUCCGCUCCGGGUGGCUUGGUCAAGGCGAUCGGCACCAAGACGGCGACCAAGUACACCAGCACCCGCAAGACCAUUCACACGAUCAUGAACUGGAGGACGCCCUGCACCAGACCGGCUAUCCCUGACCCCACCGACCCCGAGGUCAUCAACCAGCUUCACUCGACUCGAUGGACAUCGGACAUGAGCAGCGACGCUGAAGCCGUCCGCACGGCCCGUCUGCUCCGAUUUCAGCAGUACACCUGGAUCAUUCACAUCAUCAUUGUUCCCCUGAUCAGUGGACUUUGGGUAGUCUACCACCCCACUGGUACUUGGACGUAUGAUGCCUUCACCUUCUCGACCUUGUGGCGGUUCAUGUGGGUGCUCUCGGUGCCCAACUGUCUCUUCGCGUUUGCCGGGUUCUGCACGCCCGAUCUUGCGCCCAGUCGGGCCACAAUGGACAAGAAGCCCGUCUUCCGUGAGUACGUCCGCAACUUCUUCAUCCUCUUGGUCACCAAAGGCUCGAAUGAAAAUGCGGUCAGGAGAGGAUACAACAAGCUUCUACUUCUGGAGAAGUACCACCCCGCCGUCAAAGUCAUCGUCUUGACAGACGAGCCGUACGUCUACCCCGAUCUGCAAAACAUCGUUUGUCCCAAGUCGUACGUCUCACCAUUAGGGAAGGCCAAGUACAAAGCACGAGCUUUGGACUACUUCCGAUACCACGUCUCGCUCGGUGUUUAUGAUUGGAUCUUGCACAUGGACGAGGAGUCUACCACAGAUGGAGAGAGUUUGAGACGAUGUCUCGAGUUUAUCAGAUAUACACCCCACCACUUCGGACAAGGAAUCAUCUUGUACAACGGGGAAGGGUACUGGGACAACUGGUACUUUACUGUUGCAGACGGCAUCCGUGUCGGCGACGAUCUGGCCCGUUUCCACUUCCAAAACACAGUGAUUCACAGACCUGUGUUCGGCGUUCAUGGCUCGUUCUUGAUGACCAAUGGAGAGAUGGAGAACGAAUGUACUUGGGAUUUCGGAUCGUUGGCCGAAGAUUUCGAGUUCUCGCAAGAUGCUUGGAGACGCGGCUUUACCUGUGGACGCGUCCACGGGAUCGUGCGAGAACAGUCGCCCACCUCCCUGCGCGAUUUCUUGAAGCAACGUCGUCGAUGGUUCAUGGGAAUUCGAGAUAUCGAUGGGCUAUACGGCCUGCCGCAUUUUGCGGUCAACUUAUGGAUAGUCGGGGUGUUCACGCUAGCGGUGACGAUCAUCAACAUCCCGUUCCUGUUGGUGGACAAGUCGCUGACGCCGCUCUGGGUAGCGGUGUGUGCGGACUUCUGUUUCGUGACCUUCUAUUGGCUCUAUCUCUGGGGCCUGCUCUUCCAGGAACUCGACUACGGCCAGAAGUGGUGGCGUAUCAUGAUCCAUAUCCCCUGUGCUGUUGUCAUACAGCCCUUCGCGUCCAUCGCCGAAGGCCUCUCGGCCAUCUGGGCCAUGAGCUCCGUCGACUUCGGCAAGUUUGAAGUCAUCGUAAAGAAAUAA